GAGUGAUGUGUGUCUGGUAAAAGGAACACUCAAGUACGCAAAAUUGAACAAUUAAUAGUCAGCCUAAAUGGUUUAGAAGAGGUAAAAAUAUACAAGAGAAAGCAGCUGUCUUAAAGACAGAAAGGUAUGUAUUAUCAGGGGAAGAGGAGGGGCGGAGAUGGCUUCGCUGCUGUCAUCGACUUCCUGUUGUCAAAUGCUCGAUUGGUGCUGGGAGUGGGCGGGGUCGCAGUGCUCGGCAUCGCCACAUUGGCUGUCAAACGGCUGAUAGAACGUGCCGGAAGACCUCCCGAUGAUGAGAAGCCUGAUAAGAAGAUGACAGACAGCUGGGAGGAGCUUAGCUUGGUCACCCCCUCCCCAAAACUGCUCAGAAAAGGCAUUGAGGGCGUGGUCAUGAAACAGAUCACCGCUGCCAGCAAGAGAGCUGACCUGUCUCAGCCUCCAGAGCUCAUGCCAGAACCUCAGCGGCCCGAACCCGACACGACACCCAGGCGGAAGCGCCUGGAUCUGUGUGUGCUGACAUUUCAGGACCGCCUGCAGCAGUACUACCGCACACGUGUGUGUCUGCCGCCGGACGAGGUCGGCCGUGCGCAGCAGCGAGCCCUGGAUAUUGCCACGGAGAUUCAAGCCUUUUUGCACUCUAAGCACCCCGACAUGCCCUUGGGAGAAAUGACCCUUGCUGGGUCACUGCUCGAUGACCUGCAGGUGGUUAAGGCCGACCAUGCCUGUCUCAUGGUUCCACUGCAGCUGGAGCCCAGCCUUUGGAGCCCCAUUGCGGGAGAGGACACGUUCCUGGGCCAUCCUCAGUUCUGCAUGCUGCGUCGGGAAAAUCUGGAAUAUUUCCCCCGGGGGCGGAGCUAUUGGGACCGUUACCUGCUGGGUGGUUACCUGUCGUCAAAGCUGGUGACUGAGCACCUGGGCAAAUCAGUUAUGGAAUUCAUGAACUGGCCGUCUCUGGUCGGGACCCUGGAGUGCGAGGUCAGACCGGUGCUCGGGUCACCCGAACUCAAGCUCGAGAUCCACGGUUUGGGCGAUGGUGCCCAUGAUGAUGAGCGAAUGUACAUCAGCAUCCUGCCAACGGUGCGACUCGGAGAGUUCACGUUAACAGCGCAGCCAGAGAUCACGGGGGCGUUUGAUUACGUGUGGUACCAGAGUCUGUACACCCGCGAGACUGCCCUGCUGGCAAGCCUCGAUCAAGAGGCCGCAGGGUCAGAGGUCAGGAGGAAGUGCCUGAAAACGCUCAAAGCCGUGUGCAGGAACUGCCCCGCCCUCCGAAAACUCACCGGGAGUCACCUUAGCAACGUAAUCCUGCACCUCUGUGAGAAGGAAUCUGAUUGGUCAGAGGCUGCCUUCGUGGAUAGGUUCCAGCAAGCAAUCACAGAGCUGAUUGGUUAUUUGGAGAUAGGAAGCCUGCCCAGUUAUUUUAAACCAGCUGUCAACCUGCUACACGGCUUCACUGAGGACGAUAUAGAUGAGAUGGGUUUCAUGCUAUACUGUGCUGUGACAGAGCCAGAAAUAUUACUCAUAUGAGGCUGUAUGAAUACAUGUGUACACACACACAUACACACAUACACAAACAUACCCAGAGGCAAAAUGUCUCCAGUUUAAACCAGCGCUUCACACCAGUAUGCGCCCACUGUCUGGUGUAUGUUCUGACAUAUAGAGACACAUUGUCCAGUGUGUCAAAGAAAAGACUCAUACACUCUCUCUCUCUCUCUCUCUCUCUCUCUCUCUCUCUCUCUCUCUCU